CGGGUCAAAUUUGCCGCCAUAUUUCUUCUUAUAACCCCCAAUUCAUUUCAAAAUCUCUUUUCUACACCAAUGACGACCGGCGAUUCCGGCGGCCUCCACCUCUGUACGGCGGAGCAAGGCGGAGCUACGGCAGGGGAAAAAAGUGAUUGUAGAACAAGAAGAGUAAUUGAAUUGGGAAAUGGAAGCGAAGUAAUAUACAUGUCCAGGUUCAUAAAUUAUGAUGAAUCAUGGGAUUAUUUGGAGUAUCUUAACAAAAAUAUACCGUGGAAUCGUCCGACGAUUCGUGUAUUCGGUAGAUCUUGUGUUCAGCCCAGAGACAGUUGUUAUGUGGCAAGUGAAGGAUUACCGCAACUAGUUUAUAGUGGAUACCAGCCUCAUGCAUAUUCCUGGGAUGAAUUUCCUCCGCUUAAGGACAUUCUGACUGCCGUCCAUAAAGCUCUCCCGGGAAGUCGUUUCAACAGCUUAUUAUUGAAUAGGUAUAAGGGAGGCGAUGACUAUGUAGGUUGGCAUGCUGAUGAUGAAAAACUUUAUGGACCAACUCCAGAAAUUGCUUCUCUUUCCUUUGGAUGUGAACGUGAAUUCUUGUUGAAGAAAAGACCAGAUAAAACACCCCGAGGUAAAAAGACCAGUGGUGAGCAGCCCAAAAAGCAAUCGAAGAAGGAUGGCUCUCCGGACAAACAUUCGUUUGUCCUAAAACAUGGUUCGUUGCUGGUAAUGAGAGGCUAUACUCAACGGGAUUGGCUGCAUUCAGUGCCGAAACGCGUGAAAGCAGAUUCAUUACGGAUUAAUCUUACCUUCAGGCUUGUUCUUUGAACAACUAAUGUAUGUCGAUGCAUUUCAUUUCUCGAAAUAUUAUGCAGUGCACGCAGCAACGAAAGGAAGGUUAUUUUGUGCUUGAUGAGAUGAACUAGUACUAGAUAGGAUACUUUUGCUAGUUGUAUACACAAGGAUACUUAUUAGACACUGAGAAUUUUAGUAGUUUUUUAGUUGCAUUUCUCUAAGGAGAAUGUUGGAGCAAUGAUAAAAGGGCCUGCAACCUAUGGGUCACGAGUUCAAGUUC